AUGGUUGCCAAACUCCUUUUCGUCGUUGGUCUCGCCACAUCCGUUUUGGCUCACCCUAACCACAAGAGACACAAUCGCUUCCACCAUGGCACCGGUACCGGUAACGGUUUGGCAAUGCCUACCGGUGGGGCCUAUCCCAUCACCAAUGGCACGGCACCACACAAUGGCACAGACUUUGGCGGCUCCCCUAUUGAGUCACCGUCAUCUGUCGAAGCUACCUCGGUUCUACCCACAGCUACCGGCGCUAUGACAGUCACAGUCGUCCCUGUCCCUGCCGAGUCCUCUUCCCCAGAUACUGGCAAGGACGUCUCAAUCCCGGCUCCUGCCCCGGCCCCUGUCCCAGGCUCAGCCGAAGGUUCAUGCUCUGUCUUGACGUCGACUAUCACCUCUACAUCCAUCCAGUACAUCACCGUCACAGCCAAUUCAGGAGAUUCAGCCUCAGAAGUUGCUCCCACUGGCGAGUUCUUCCCCGCUCCGGAGAGCGCGUCCUCUAUGACGACCAGUGGUGCUGGUAGCCUUCCUUCUACCUCAGGUAGCAUCUCCGCCGGUGCUCCCACUGCCGGGGAGUUCUUCCCCCAUCCUGGCCAACAGAGCUCAGUCCCAGUCUUUGACAGCAGCUCUUCUGCGGCUUUGCCAUCUUAUGGCGGCGGUGCACCUUCAGUCGUCCCGACUACCUUCGCAACCAUCCCCAGCAGUGCUCCAUCCUCCAGCGCGGCUCCUAGUGCCUCUUCUGUAUCACCAUCCUCAACUCCUAGCUCUUCCCCAAGCACCGGUGGGUCGACUAGCGGCAAGAAGGGUCUUUCCUACAACACCGCCUCUCUGACCAACGCCUUCGCUGGCAAGGGUAUCAGCUGGGCAUACAAUUGGGGUGCGUCACCAGAUGGUUCAAUCGUCUCUGGGGCCGAGUAUGUUCCUAUGUUCUGGGGUCCAAACUCUGUAUCUGGAUGGGCAAAUGCGGCGGCAUCGGCUAUUGCCAGUGGUUCUAAGCACGCCUUGUCUCUGAACGAGCCGGAUCUCAACUCCCAAGCCAACGUUGAUCCCGCCACUGCAGCCAAGUUGCACAUUGAGAACAUGAAUCCUCUCGCCGGUCAAGUCUCGAUCGGAUCUCCAGCUGUCACCAAUGGUGCUGGCACUAACCCGCUCAUGGGCAUUGACUGGCUCAACGCUUUCUUCAAGGCUUGCGCGGGCCAAUGCAAAGUCGACUUCGUUGCCUUCCAUUGGUACGACUCGGCCAGCAACUUGGACUACUUCAAGAAUCACGUCAACGACGUUAUUGCCACUGCCCAGCAGAACGGUAUUGGCAAGGUGUGGCUUACUGAGUUUGGCGCCAGCGGUUCGGACUCGGAUGUUGCCAACUUCAUCACAGAGGCAACUGCCUUCCUCGACUCAACUGACGCUGUCGAGAGAUAUGCCUACUUCAUGUGCGCGGAUGGCAUUCUUGUCAAAGGCAAUUCGAUAUCAAGCCCAGUCGGCGCCGCAUACUCGUAA